AUGGCGCCCGCGAAAUCCUCCCGAUCGGUCAAGGCGAAGAAGCCAGCCCCAAACACGUUCAAGCCUACGAAAAUCAGCAAGCGCUCACAAUCGCGUACGAAGGUCGCGACUAUGGAGCCUACAAACGCCCGGAACCUCAAUAGGCCCAAGCCUCCGCAAGGUCGUACUUACCCCGUGACCCUUCUCAAAAAUGGACUUGUCAGCAUGGAAAGGACCCCUGACUACCUCCUUGAAGCCGCCCAAAGGAAUGCUAGGAAUUCCCCUCUACUUCGUCUACCUGCAGAGAUCAGGAACAUGAUCUUCCGGUACGCAGUCGGCGGAAACGAAAUCCACGUCCAGCGCGCAUUCGUCUAUCGAACAUCAAAGAAGUGGCGUGACAACUCCAACUCAUACUGGCAUGGCCGAGCGACUCACCUAGGGGAUCGCCGUCUCAAGGCUCUGGCUCAGGGCACAGCUUUUCACCUCCCGGAAGUCUGCCGUCAGAUCUAUGCGGAGACUGCAACCCUAUCAUACGCCACCAACACUUUCAUACUUCCCAGCUCACAGGGUCGAGAUCAACGCUUUAGCAACAAUGGACCGCGUGGUACGUAA